AUGCCAUUGUUGUCUCUGAGCGAGUCGCUCGCUCGCGUGAAGCAUAAACUGAAGCAACGCCUGAGCAUAGGCGCAACCAAUAACACCCUAGGUAGCGGCUCUGUCAGUCGGAUGUGGCCUAGCGUGACCGCCUUGCUCAGCCAGCUCGAGUCGAGUGCCGAACCGUUCGGCCCACUCAAGUCCGCGAUUAGCGUACUAGCCAGACUAGCUGAAGCUUGCGAGGGUCUAUCGAAGGAACAAAGUGAAUACGAGCAACUGCGAAAGAAGAUUGACAAGACUCUGAACGAUAUAUCCACGCAUAUGAGAAGCCCGGCGGAAGGCAUGAUGACGGACAGUGUCAAGCUGAUUUGCUCAGAGAUCGAAGCAGAAGUAAGCGCCCUGGAUGCGAAACAGGGACUGAGUACGGGAAGGCUACUGGUGCGUGCCACGGAUGGGCUAGAUGAGGUGAUGGAGUGCUGUCAGCGUGUCCACGAUCAUCUCGAACGUCUCACUCUGAAUCUGAACCUAAACAUACUCCAAGGCAUAUCCGAACAGAUGCUAGAACUCAUACUCGCCAAGAUGACGCCCUCCAUGUCAGCGGUCUACAACUCGGCCGAGGCCGCCGAAAUCAAGCGAGGAGCAUGCACAGAAGGAACCAGGGAGGCGCAGAUCAAGCUGCUGCUGGAGUGGGCCGACGAGCCAAGCUCCGGUAGGACAUGCUGGAUGAACGGAAUGGCUGGCACCGGAAAGACCACGAUCGCAUACACCGUGUGCACCGAGCUGAAGAGUAAAAACCAACUAGGCGCAAGCUUCUUCUGCUCACGGACGAUCCCGGAGUGUCGUCGAGUCAAACACAUCAUCCCGUCGAUUGCAUACCAGCUCGCCCGUUUCUCACUUCCUUUCCGAUGCGCGCUUUCUAAAGCCCUCAGCGCCGACAUCGAUGCGCAUGCUCUAGCGCUGAAUGUGCAGUACAAGAAGCUGAUCGAAGACCCGCUUGCGGCGGUCAAAGACUGCCUGCCGGCUGACCUGAUCGUAGUGAUCGACGCGCUGGACGAAUGCGACAACGAAGAUAGCGUCGGCCAGAUACUCGAGCUGCUGAUGCCCGCCGCACACACGCUUCCGAUCCGAUAUCUGAUAUCCAGUCGGCCGGAGAAAGAGAUCACGCGCAACAUGACUGGUCGACUCGAUGGACAUGACGAUGCGCGGCUUGUGCUGCACAACCUGGACUCGGGCACCGUCAGGUUCGAUAUUGAUACUUAUAUGCGCAAGGAACUUGCGGAUGUCCCGCUGAACGAAGAUCAGCGGCGUAGGAUCGCUGACCGUUGCGGAGUACUAUUUAUAUAUGCAUCGACUACCUGCAGGUACAUCAGACAAGCGCACGAAAUGAACACGCUGCACUCGGCUUUAGGCGUCAUCAUGCAGUCGGCAUCCAGGUCGAUGGAGUAUGGGGGCGAAGAAGAGAUCGAUGAGCUGUACAAGAACAUUCUGGAUACGGCGUUCAACAAGGCCAGCGUAAACCAAGCAGACAGGCAAAAGAUGAGGGCGGUGCUGGAAACGGCGGUAUGCGCGAUAGAGCCGAUGACGAAAAGCGCGAUCGCUGGUGUGCUGUCUCUGGACAACGAUACGCAAGUGGACCGACUGCUGCUUCCGUUUCGAUCAGUGCUGAACGUGGCUCAGAAGACCGGACUUGUGAGCACGUUGCAUGCAUCAUUCCCGGACUUUAUGCUUUCCCAGAUUCGGUCAGGCCAAUAUCAUUGCCCACCAAAACUACGUCAUACAACGAUUGCGGAAGCCUGCUUACGACUCAUCGACGGUGCCGAGCCGAAGUUCAACAUAUGCGCACUGCCUUCUUCCUUCUUGCUAGACGACCAGGUCAAAGACCUCGCUCACCGGGUCACCCAGUCGAUCUCACCCGGCCUCGCAUAUGCGUGUCGCUACUGGAUCACCCACCUCACUCUUGGCGAACACACGAAUCGCCUGACCGGGCUUGUUGGCGGCUUCUUCCAGUCCAGGCUGCUGCUAUGGAUGGAAGUCAUGAGCCUCACCAAGAACAUACGUUAUGCCGCAUCCAUCAUACAGAGCGCCGAGAAGUGGUGUACCGAGCAAAACGUACCCGAACCUGUCACAAAGCUAGCCCACGACGCUUCUCAGUUCGUAUCCGUCUAUGCCAACCAUCCCGUAUCCCAAAGCACUCCACACAUCUACGCUUCCAUGCUUCCCUUCUGGCCUCAAUCUCGGCCACUCUCGGCAGCAUACAUGCCAAGAACAUCUGGACUUGCGCAGCCGACAGGAACAGCGAUCGAUCGACGCCGGCUGGCACUCAUAGCCACAUGGAAGGUCUCGACCCGAAACGUGGAGUCGAUGAGUCUGUCAAGAGACGGAAGACGACUUGUGGUACCUACCGCAGACAGCAUCGAGGUAUGCGAUACAACGACGGGGGAGAGUGUGGUCAGCCUCGCCGAAGAGCGCACAAAGAAUGUCGACUACGUUGCGAUAUCUCCCGACGGAUCCAAGGUGGCCUUCUCUAGCUAUGGUGGUACCCCAUAUGUGUGGGACACCGCCAACGGAGGCGCGGUCACGCAGCUGCUUCCUGGUGGCGUGUCCGGUGGCCAUUCGCUUGCAUUCUCACCUGACGGGUCUCGCGUCGCCUGUGGCCUGGAGAACGGAAAGGUGUACGUCUGCGCAUUGGAACAAGACGUCAGCGCUCUUGGUCCGCUCAUGGGUCAUACCUCAUACGUCAACUCUGUCGUGUUCUCUUCCGACGGCUUGCAUCUUGCAUCUGGGUCGUACGACAAGACUGUGCGAGUGUGGGAUGUACAGACAGGCCAGCCGGUUAGCACGCCCCUCGAGGGUCAUACUGGUCCAGUGUGCUCAGUAUGCUCCUGUCCCACUGACUCGCGCAUUGCCUCGGGCUCACUUGAUAAAACGGUCCGAGUGUGGGAUCCGCAAACUGGCCAGACGGUGCUAGGACUACUCACAGCACAUUCUGGCCCUGUAUACUGCGUCGCGUUUUCACAUAACGGCGCUUUCAUUGCCUCUGGAUCAACCAACAACACAAUUCAAGUAUAUGACACGCGUACCGGCCACACGGUGCUUGGACCACUCGAGGGACACACCAACGCCAUCAGAUCGGUCAUCUUCUCUCCCGACAGCACUCGCCUGUUCUCUUGCUCAGACGACGGCACGGUACGCGUAUGGAACGUGCAAGACAUCCAUACCUCCAAUCCUCUUCCGACUGCAUCAUCUCUUUCCUCGGCUAUCCUCUGCAUCCGAUACUCUCGCAGCGGCACACGGCUUGUCUCUGGCUCAGAAGAUGGGUUGAUACACGUGUGGGAUGUGGCGACCGGUCAGCUGGCGCUCGGACCACUUCAUGGCCAUAAAUAUGGUAUUUUAUCUGUGGACUACUCAGCCGAUGAUCGGUACAUUGCGUCUGGUUCAGAAGACAAAACACUGCGAAUCUGGGAUGGACUGACGGGACAAGACAUCCACGGACCGAUGAAGGGGCAUAGUGAUUGGGUGAGGUGUGUGCGAUUCUCACCGGACAGCACGGUCGUUCUCUCAGGGUCUAAUGACGGCACCGUCCGACUAUGGGAUGUGAGCAACGGCCAACAAGUGACCCAACUGUUCCAAGGAGAUCGCCGGAUCCUGUCGGUUGGGACCUCUCCUGAUGGCCAUCGGGUUGUCUGUGGCUCAAAUCAUGGCAAGAUAGUCGUGCUAGACCGACAUGGCGGCACUACGCUCGUCGGCCCAAUCGAUGCUCACAAGGCCUGGGUUCGUUCGGUGGAGUUCUCUCCAGAUGGCAAGCGCCUCGUCUCAGGGUCGCAUGACAAAUCAGUGGUAAUAUGGGAUGCAGAGACAGGGAAGCAGCUUGUUGUUUGCGGCAAGAGCGGCGGCGCGCAUAGUAGUCUUUUCCUCUCUGUGUCGUUCUCGCCCAACGGUCUGUAUGUUGCAUCUGGGUGUUAUGACCAUACUGUGCGCGUGUGGGACUCGGAGAACGGCAAGCUUAUACACGGUCCUCUGAAGGCACAUACCGAUCGCGUGGAAUGCAUCCAGUUCUCACCUGAUGGCUCACACCUCGUUUCGUGCUCGUGGGACCGCACCAUUCGAUUCUGGGACGUAUCGCUUCUGGGAACACAUUCACAAGAGAAUGCAACCACAGGCACGAACAAUGCUGGAGCAGGCGUUCCCACUUCUGACUCCCAUGUGUCUCAUUUAUCCUCUCUGGAUGGCGAUGGCUGGGUGGUGGACUCGCACGGUCGACGACUAGUAUGGGUCCCAUCAGACCUUCGCACCUAUCUGGCACUCCCCCCGACCUCCUCGAUCAUCGCUGACCAAGGGGCUUUUACUCUAAACACGGACGGAUGGAAUAUAGGAGAUAGGUGGAUGGAGUGUUACCAGCCUUAG